CAAUGCGCGUUGCGUGACGAGAAAAACAGAAGCGACUCCAUUGACAACAUUGGAGUCUCUCCCAGGGACAAGUUUCCAUAAAAAUGGCCCGCUUUCUUUUACUUAUUUUAACGGUUUUAUUUGCAGCCACGUCGUCGCAGUUUAUCCCCCCGUACACCGAAGACUGUCGGACCGGAACGUAUCCUCCGAGUGGGCCAACGUUUAAAGGCGCCGUGAGCUGGUACACAGUCGACCUGGACCUGCCACCCAAGGACAGAUGGACGGCUGUGAUCGCGGACAAAAAGACCGAGCUGGUCAACAUGAUCCAGGCCAUCCGAGACCUGGCCGACGCUUUCGUCCCCGGCGGGAAGCUCGUCCAGCUGGUGGACGUCACUCUGCCUCUGAUCGUCGACACCCUCCCGUACCCGUUUGGGGACGAAAUUAAAGGGAUAGCGGCCGCUUCGGGCGUUCCCCUCGGUGAGGUGAUCUUGUUCAACAUUUUCUACGAGGUGUUCACGGUGUGCACGUCGGCGGUGGCGGAGGACGCAAACGGAAACCUCGUGCACGGUCGCAAUCUGGACUUCGGUCUCUUCAUGGGGUGGGACGCGAAGAACAAGUCUUGGGUCCUGAGCGAGCUGCUGAAGCCUUUAGUGGUCAACGUGGACUUCACGAGGAACAAGCGCACCGUCUUCAAGUCCACUAACUUUGCCGGCUACGUCGGCAUGCUGACCGGCAUCAAACCUAACGCGUUCACGCUCACCAUGAACGAGCGCUUCAGUCUGGACGGAGGCUACAUCGGAAUCCUGGAGUGGAUCCUCGGAAAGCGAGACGGGAUCUGGAUGAGCUUCCUCACGCGCUCCGUACUGGAAAACGCAACCAGCUACGAGGAGGCCAAGUUUCGCUUGGCCCAGACCAAACUUCUGGCUCCCGCCUACUUUAUCCUGGGGGGAAACAGCACGGGGGAGGGUUGCAUCAUCACGAGAUCCAGACUUACAAGUCUUGACAUCCUUGAGAUCGAUGCGAAGCGGGGCCGCUGGUUCGUGCUGGAGACCAACUACGACCACUGGAAGGAGCCGCUCUUCCUGGACGACCGCCGCACGCCCGCCGUCAAGUGCAUGAACCGCACGUCGCGCGCGAACAUUUCCCUGAAGACGAUGUACGACGUGCUGUCCACCAAGCCCGUACUCAACAAGUUGACGACGUACACGACCUUGAUGCAAGUGUCGUCGGGCACGUUGGAGUCGUACAUCCGCGACUGCCCCAGUCCCUGCAUGCCUUGGUAGAGCGGCCUGCCUGCCGCCAACUGAGCGCUUCCGCCUCCCCGCCAACGGAAAUCAGCAUUUAAUCAACUUUCUCGAGUCAUUUUUGUGGCUCUUACAUCAUCUUCCUCAUCUCAUGUGUACAUAGUGUCAUUAAAUGCUAAUAAAUGUCCUCAAACAUGUCAGAAUGGUUCCAGGUGUAGGAUACCCACUAUUUUAUAUUAAAAAUAGAAAUACUGAUAUUUGGUUUUUUCUUUCUUUAAAACCUCCAAAUGUACCCUUGCUUUUAUCAUGUCAGCCCUUCUGUAUGCAUUGAAUUGCUUCAAAGUAUUUAUUGGACUUGUUGAAAUUUUAAAAUGUUCGUAUAAUUUUAAAAUCAUUGGACAUUAAAUUGCCCCUAGUUGUGAUUGUGAGUACGGCUCUUUGUCUCUAUGUGCCCUGCAAAUGGCUGGAAACCAGUUCAGGGUGUACCCCAGCUCCUCCCCGCUGACAGGUGGGAUAGGCUCCAGGACUCCCCGCGAUCUGUGUGAGGAUAAGCGGCUAAGAAAAUGUAUGGAUGUCUUAGCAAGAAUCAGAGGCGUUGAGGCACAUGAUUAGCUUUCGCAAGCCGCAUAAAAUGCUGCGGCGGCCCGCAUCUGGCCCCCGGGCCUCAAGUUUGACACCUGUUACUCUCAACAGUGAUUUUCUUAAAUUUAGAACAAACCUUUAUUUUACAAAAACAGUAGUGGUAGGAUGACAGUAAAAAGUUGUUUACAACCUUUAAUAUUUUCUAUAUAUUUUUUUUUAAAUAAAAUCAGAUUUUCCUUUUUU